AUGGUGGAAAAAUUUAGUCUGCCAACAACUAAGCAUCCUCAUCCAUACAAACUUCAAUGGCUCAACAAUGGUGGGGAAUUGAAGGUGACCAAACAAGUCUUAGUUUCCCUUUCUAUCGGCAAGUACAAUGACGAGGCUCUUUGUGAUGUGGUGCCCAUGCAUGUCAGUCAUCUAUUGUUGGGGCGUCCGUGGCUAUAUCAUCCUAAAGUUAUCCAUGAUGGCUAUACGAAUCGCUACACUUUCAAACACCUUGGGAAAAAUGUGGCUUUGGCUCCAUUGAUGCCAAGACAAGUUUAUGAAGAUCAAUUGAAUCUAAAAGAUUCCAUUGAAAAAUUUAAAGAGAGUGAACAAAAAGAGAAGAGUGAAAAAGAGAGAGAAAAUAAAAGUGAGAAAAAUAAAGGAAAACAAGUGAACAAACCAAUAGAAAGGAGCAAGGAGCGUGAAAAUAAAAUGAGUGAAGAAAAAGAGUUCAGCAAAAUGAGUGUUUAUUCAAAGGAGAGUGAUACUCAAAAGUCUUCUUUGUUGAAGCAACCCGAACUUAUACUCAUGUACAAGGAAGCCCUUUUGAACACUAACAAUUUGGAUCAAAAUCUUCACUCUUCGAUUGUAUCUCUUUUGCAGGAAUUUGAUGAUGUGUUUCUAGAUGAAGUCUCUAGUGGGUUGCCAUCCAUUCGAGGGAUUGAACACCAAAUUGACUUCAUUCCCAGAGCUGCCAUACCGAAUUGCCCGACUUACAAUAGUAACCCUGAGGAAACCAAAGAGUUGCAAAGGCAAAUGAACGAGCUUAUGGAGAAGGGGUACAUAGAGAAAGCCUCAGUCUUUGUACCGUAA